AUGGCCAUCACGAUUCUGCCGCCAGCACCUGCGCACGAGAAUGCUAAAGCAUACCAUGGCGACUCCUCUGACAAUGACAUGGAUAUCGACGACCUCCCCUCGGGCCACCGCAGCACGACCACGAAUAUCAUAACUCCUGGUCAGACCGUGACAUCGGAUCCGCAGUGGAUGCGAGGCCAUGGAACCUUUGCAGACACGGACAGUGCUGCCAUCCGAAGCACACUAGCAGGUACACUACAGAAAACCAAUAAACUUCUGUCCAUUGUCCCACUUCGAGCACGAUACACUCCAGAAAUUGGCGACUUGGUCAUCGGAAGGAUAGUAGAAGUGCAGAGUCGAAGAUGGAAGGUGGAUGUUGCUGCACCUCUGCUCGCAAAUCUGCUGCUCUCAUCCAUCAACCUGCCCGGUGGUGUGCUACGAAAGAGGACGAGUGUGGACGAGCUGAACAUACGCGCUUUCUUCGGCGAAGGAGAGCUGCUGGUGGCGGAAGUGCAGAGUCUGUUCCAAGAUGGUAGCGCAAGUUUACAUGCUAGAAGUCUGCGCUACGGCAAGCUAAGAAAUGGGUACUUCAUGUCUGUCGCUGGCAUGGGAGGCGGAGCAGGUGUGGUGAGAGCAAAGAGACAGAUCUUCACAGUUCAGACAAGGAGUGGUGGAGAAGUGGAUGUACUGCUAGGGGUGAACGGCUUCAUCUGGAUCGCGAAGCAUGUUGCGGAAAAGGAGGACGUGGGCAUCAAUCGCAUGGAGGAGAAAGUGGGCGAGAGCAUGUACAGCUCGCAAAAUGAUGAGAUUGAGGGUGGGACGAGGAGGGAAGUUGCUGCUAUCGCGGGCGGGAUACGGAUUCUGGUCGCUGGUGGUGUGAAGGUCGAGGAGGGGACUGUGAGGAGGGCGUACGAGGCCGGGCUGGAGCUGGAUGAGCGGGAGAGGGACGGUGAGAUGAUGGAUUCGGAGCGAGGCAGUGCUGUCGUGGAGAUGGUUCUCGCGGGUGGGUGA